AUGGCACAAGUCGAGGCUGCACUGCCCGCGGACGGCCUGCUGGCCCACGCCGACGCUCACAAUGUCCAGGACGAGGCGAUCGAGGACGAGUUCUCGGACUUCGUGCCGAUCGAUCAGCUUUCGGUCCACGGCAUCGGAGCAGGAGACAUCAAGAAGCUCAAGGAGGGUGGUUUCCACACGUGCCAGGCCCUCAUCAUGAACACGCGGAAGGUGAUCUGCGCUGUCAAGGGCAUCUCCGAGGCCAAGGCCGAGAAGGCCCUCGACGCUGCCAUGAAGCUCGUUCCUGGCGCCGGCUUCGUCACUGGCACGAUGGCCUACCAGAAGCGCAUGCAAAGCAUCCUGCACAUCACGACCGGGUGCGAGGCGCUGAACGAGGUGCUUGGCGGCGGGAUCGAGACCCAGGCCAUCACCGAGGUCUUCGGCGAGUACCGCACGGGCAAGAGCCUGCUCAUGCACACCCUGGCGGUGGCGUGCCAGCUGCCCAGCGACAUGGGCGGCGCCGCUGGCAAGUGCGCCUUCAUCGACACCGAGGGGACGUUCCGCCCGGAGCAGAUCGUCGCGAUCGCGGAGCGCUUCGGCCUCGAUGGCGCCGCCGUGCUCGACAACAUCGCCGUCGCGCGCGCCUUCACCUCCGAGCACCAGCUCGACCUCAUCGUCGCAGUGGCCGCCAAAAUGGCCGAGGAGCCGUUCAAGCUCCUCGUCAUUGACUCGAUCAUGGGUCUGCUGAGGAACGACUUCUGCGGCCGCGGGGAGCUCAGCGAGCGGCAGCAGGUGCUGGGCCGGAUGUGCGCGCGCCUGAAGAAGCUGGCCUGCGAGUUCAACCUGGCCGUGGUCAUCACCAACCACGUCAUGUCCGACCCGAGCGGCGGCAUGACCUUCGUCGUCGACCCGAAGAAGCCCAUCGGCGGCCACGUCCUCGCGCACGCGUCCACCGUCCGCGUCAGCCUGCGCAAGGGCAAGGCGGAGCAGCGGCUGGCCAAGGUCGUGGACGCGCCCAACCUGGGGGAGGCGGAGGCGUCCUUCUCGCUGACGGCGGGCGGGGUGUCCGACUUCAAGGACUGA